UUUAACAGAAGACUGAAGAGGCAGAGCUUGAGGCAGAGCUGGCAGAGGCCACAGCACAUGGAUCCAGAGGUCUUCUAUGUAAUUUUUUUUAGAACUUGCAAAAAAUAGUUAGUUUUCGCCGCUAAAAUGGCAUCAGAUAACAUGCAAGGCGAUGAAAGCACAAUGAAGAUUUUGUUCGCGACUGACAUUCACUUAGGAUAUAAUGAAACACAUCCCACCAGAGGCGAGGACUCGUUCAUAGCGUUUGAAGAAAUCUUAAGGAUUGGCAAAAAGUACAAAGUUGAUUUCAUUCUACUUGGAGGAGAUCUCUUCCACGAUGGCAGACCUUCUGUGAAUUGCUACAGCAAGUGCAUGGACCUGCUCAACAGAUACUGCAUGGGGGAUGGAGAGGUCAAAAUCAGCGUUCUCAGUGAUCCAGCUGAGAUUUUCAGCUUCUCGAGCAACCCCAUGGUAAAUUUCAUGAACCCCAAUCUCAACGUUGCUUUGCCUAUUUUCUCCAUCCAUGGAAAUCACGACGAUCCGCUUGGUUACAAUUCUAAGUGCUCGCUUGACAUGUUGAGUGCAGCUGGACUGAUCAACUAUUUUGGAAAGUACCUUAAUUUGCAGGACGACAUUUCCUUGGUGCCACUGUUGGUAGCCAAAGGCAACACGAAAGUUGCCAUUUACGGACUUGGAGCAUUGAAAGACAAAGUAGCCAAUAGAAUGUUCAGAGAAGAGAAGGUACACAUCAUGCAACCUGAGGACCCUGAAACUUGGUACAACGUUAUGGUGGUCCAUCAAAAUAGGGCCUGCCACAACAAAGACGAGUGUCUUCAUGAGAAUCUCCUGCCUGAGUCAAUGGACCUUAUUUUCUGGGGGCACGAGCAUGAGUGCAAAUUGGAGCCAGAGUACAACAAUAAUAGAAAUUUCUAUGUCACUCAACCAGGCAGUUCUGUUGCAACAUCUUUGAGUGAAGGAGAGGCGGUGCAGAAGAAAGUUGGCAUUCUCUAUGUGAAUAAUAAAAAAUUCCAAAUGAGGCCUAUCCCACUGAAGACUGUUCGUCCAUUUGUAUUUGAUGUCAUUAACUUGGCCACCGAUUACAGAGACAGACCUGCUCGUAAUAUGAAGCAAGGUGUUCAAGCGUUCUUAGAGCAAAGGGUUGAGGAUUUGCUGAAAGAAGCUGAAAAUCAGUUGACAGGCCACCCUAAGCAACCAAAAUUGCCCCUUAUAAGAAUGAAAGUGCUGAACUUCAAUCAAGAUGAACUGUUCAAUAUUGUUCGUUUCGGAUUGCAGUUUGAAGAAAAGGUUGCAAACCCCACUGACAUGGUCAUGAUCACUCGAGUCCAAGGUGCUAGGCAGGCUAGGGAUGUGCUCGACCAAGACGCAUUUGACGCUGCUAAGUCUGAGGCUAUUUUGCACAACGUAGAAGAACUGAUUGAAAAGUAUUUCACGGACUGUGAACCUGGAAAGAGAGUGCAGUUGUUGCCUGUGGCCAUGAUGAACGAAGCUCUAGAGCAUCAAAUGAAGGGCGACUCUUCAGCUUUUGAGAUUGUCAUCAGGAAAAGAAAGGAUUUUGUUGUUCAAAAAAUUCUUGAGAAGGGUUUAACUGAUGAUGAUGAUAUAAAAGAUGAGUUUGCAGCAAUGGGUUUUGCCGAUGGGGAUGAAGAGAAUGGUCAAAUGAUCAAUGAGAUCCGAGCUGUCCUAGAAGGGCCGCGUCAGGGGCUGCUUGAUGAAGUUGAAAAUUUGGAGGAGGAAGAUGAUGAUUUUCAAAUGAGAAGUGAUGGUGAAGAUCAAUCGAAUGAGGCGAAUGAGCCAAUUACUUCUAAGGGCAAGGGAAGAGGUCGAGCAACAACCAGGGCUCUUGGGAGGGCACGUGGAGCAGCUAAGAGGACACCAGCAUCAUUGAUUGAUGAUGAUUCUGAUGGCACCCUUAAUGACCCGCCCGCACGACCUACGAGAGGACCAGGCUCAAGGGGUGGCAGAGGAAGCAGGGGCAAGAGAGGAGCCAAAGCUGCUCAGCCUGCUCGACAUGCUCCUCCACCACCUGUUGUGAACAUCUCUAGACCCACUAGACAGACGCAGCCUGGCAACAGAAUGGCCAUGAUGUUCGAAGACGACAGUGAUUGAGUUCAAAUUUGAUAUUCCUAUUAUUUUUUAAUCACAAUACAUUCCUGAUUUCUCACAAUGAAUAACAUGAUAAAAGGACACAAUAUCAAUAUGUCAAAGAAAUAAGACACCAUUAAAGUAUUUCACAGAGCAGUUUA